AUGUCCGUCCGGCCACCCACUUUCCAAAUAUUCUGGCAGCACUGCUCUCGUGCUUCCCUACGCCCUGGAUUUCAACAACCCUUCUCCUCGUCAUGGCGCACAUUCACUUCAAGUGUUUCUCGUCGUGCAACUGCCCCUAAACCCCGAAGAAGAGCGGCUCCGGCGUACGAAAUCAACUCAAAGCCCAGCUUUCUGCAACCACGGGCCGGGGGAUUGGGCGGAUUGUUUACAAGAGUCGCCAAGGAGGGAGAUGUUGUGCUUUUCAAAUCAGGAUCACAACGCGUUUACGUCCUGAGUGCCUAUGGCUUGUCUGCGUUCUGCUUCGCUUAUGCCGUCUACAACUCAAAUGCGGUUUUCCGGGACCCCGUUACAGUCCUCCCGGUCUGGCAGCAAGCCCUCUUUGGCGGUAUUUGUGUUACAAUGAGCGUUAUGGGCACCGUCUUCUUUGUUCGGACGGGUAACGUUGUUCGAAGUAUCAAGGCCGUCCAGUCACAAGGCCAGCCCCGUAUCCGCUUCGAAAUUCGGCGCUUGACCCCUUUUAUGAAGCCUUAUCAGUUUGACGUACAAGCCUCCCAGGUCCGUAUCUCUCGAAAAUUGGCAGUGUCUCCGGAGACGCGGGAGCGCUUUGAGAGUGACAGCAAAAAGCUUGGUUCGCCUGAUGAACCAACGCGGAGUUUCUUCAAGGCUCCCGUACAAAUGAUGAGCUACGGACUCUGGAAAGUUUUCAUAUCUGUUCGGCAGGUUUUUAACAGUGAAGACUUCAUUCUCAUGCGGAUUGAGGGCCGAAAGGGCACCUUCCGAGUGGACUCAAAAGGCUUUGUUGACCGGGACUUCCUGCUUCUCGGCGAUCCGGUUCAAUUCAGAUCGAAUGCCUAG